AUCGACUUCAUCGUUAUCCUUUGUUUUUUGUUUCAGCUUCGAUGUGGAGAAUGGCGGGGGUGCCGGCGGUGUGGCGGGGGGCGCGCGCUCCCCGCUCGAGGGCGGAUCACCCUCGGCUGCGCUGGUCCUCCAGUCCAUGCCCCAGCGCCGCGAGUCCUUCCUCUACCGAUCUGACUCCGACUUCGAAAUGUCGCCCAAGUCGAUGUCGCGAAACAGCUCCAUUGCCAGCGAAAGAUUCAAGGAGGUCGAGGCGGCCCAGCUGGACAGAGCUCAUGGAGAAGACUUGAUCGUGACACCGUUCGCGCAGGUGCUGGCCAGUUUGCGCAGCGUCCGCAAUAAUUUCCUAUGCCUCACCAACGUACCGGUUUCAAAAUCGCGAAGAUCGUCGGGCGCAGCAACUGCUGUCACGCCGCAACCGAAAAACUUUAAUCCAGGCGACGAAGCCUACAUGAAGUUGGCCCUAGAAACAGUUGAAGAGCUAGACUGGUGUCUAGACCAACUCGAGACCAUUCAAACACAUCGCUCUGUCUCAGAUAUGGCUUCACUCAAGUUCAAAAGGAUGCUGAACAAGGAGCUGAGUCACUUCUCAGAGUCAAGCAAAUCCGGCAACCAGAUCUCGGAGUACAUAUGCUCGACCUUCUUAGACAAGCAACAAGAACUUGAUUUACCGUCGCUGCAAGUCGAUGAAAGCACUGAAAGAACAAAGAAAAAAGAAAAGCCACGUCAUGGAGGACCUGGAGGAACUAUGUCACAAAUUUCUGGCGUGAAACGAGCACUUACACACACAAACAGCUUCACUGGAGAACGCGUUCCACGAUAUGGAGUUGAGACACCCCACGAAGAAGAAUUAGGCCGUUGUUUAAGCGAAAUUGAUCGCUGGGGUGUUGAUAUUUUCCGCAUUGGAGAUCUAUCUUGUGGUCGCCCUCUAACGGCUGUCGCGUACGCUGCCUUUACAUCGCGAGAGCUACUAUCUACGCUUCAGAUUCCAGCACGCACCUUCCUUGCCUUCGCUGUUACUCUAGAAGAACAUUACGUACGCGACAAUCCGUUUCACAACUCGCUUCACGCUGCAGACGUUACGCAAUCAACAAAUGUUCUUCUGAACACACCAGCACUAGAUGCUGUUUUUACACCAUUAGAAGUGUGCGCUGCUUUGUUUGCAGCUUGCGUUCAUGAUGUUGAUCAUCCUGGACUUACAAAUCAGUUCCUCGUAAACUCUAGUUCUGAAUUGGCUCUUAUGUACAAUGAUGAGUCUGUUCUUGAAAAUCAUCAUCUUGCCGUAGCCUUUAAACUAUUACAAAAUGACGGAUGCGAUAUAUUUGCGAAUCUUCAUAAAAAGCAAAGACAAACAUUGCGAAAAAUGGUCAUUGAUAUGGUGCUUUCAACGGACAUGUCAAAACAUAUGAGUUUACUAGCUGAUCUUAAAACAAUGGUGGAGACAAAAAAAGUUGCUGGAAGCGGUGUACUAUUACUUGAUAACUACACAGACCGAAUACAAGUUUUGGAGAAUCUCGUACACUGUGCCGAUCUGAGCAAUCCAACAAAACCUUUGCCACUGUAUAAGCGGUGGGUAGCGUUACUUAUGGAAGAAUUCUUUCAACAAGGUGAUCGUGAACGAGAGCAUGGCAUGGAUAUUAGUCCUAUGUGUGACAGACAUAAUGCAACGAUUGAAAAAUCUCAGGUUGGCUUUAUCGACUAUAUCGUACAUCCACUAUGGGAGACUUGGGCAGAUCUUGUGCACCCUGACGCUCAAGAUAUUUUAGAUACUCUAGAAGAGAAUCGUGAUUAUUACCAAAGUAUGAUACCGCCCUCACCACCACCUGCUCCAGUUCAGACGCAUUCAGGAGCUGAAGAUGACCGCCCCGAACAGAUACGUUUUCAAGUAACACUUGAAGAGGGUGAAGGCUCUGAAGAUUGCGAAGGAGAAGGUGAUGGUGGAAUGUGACGGAAACUACUGGGAAUCUGUAAGAAACUCUCUGAAAGAAUGCAGGUUUGGUGGAAGCUCUGGCAGUAGAGGGUAGACGCAGAAGAAGAACGCCCCGAUGUGGUUUCUUGUUGGAUAGUAGUAAUAGUUACCAGUGGCGUAGCUGUCGGAAUGAAAAAUUAACCCUCGAUUAAUCUAGAGGCUUUUUUCUACUUGGCUGAAUAUUUAAUAAACAAUAAGAGCCUGUUUAUUAGUAACAUGUAUAUUUGAAUCGUCUAGCUACGCCACUGAAUACUUGUUGACGCUUACUCUCGAAAUGAAACGAUUACCGUACAUCGUUACAUUUCAAAGUUAUUUAUAUUAUGUGAUCAUUAUGCAAUGUUGUUUAGAGUUACCUUGCGACUAAAUUGUCCCUCCAAUGAUGUACAUUCAACUUUUAAAUUUGUGGCUAUUAUUUUUGUUUUUUUAACCAAAGAAAGGGUCAUUACGUUCAUUCGAUUCCCAUGAGUAGUAUGUCGUCGGUUCGUAAAGUCGUUUAAGUAGAUUUUAGAUGCCGUCUUCGUAUAUCGAUUCGGCUACGUAAGGACAUUGAAAACGCUUAUUAAUUGGUAUGAAAGGGUAAUUUAUAUUGUCAUAUCAUCCACGUUUCUCAUAUUUAAUACGGGUUUGCGAUAAUGAUGUUAAUCACCAAAAUAUAUUAACAUAAUAGGUAUUCCUAAAUGUAAACUAUUUUAAGGUAAAUUUUUAAAAAUGCCUUUCGGACUUGUUGGUUGUCUUUUUACGAAUAUGGCUUGAAUAUUGGGUCUGUCUCUACUGCAAGACAUAUACCAAAUUCAUCCAAUUAAAUAGCUUUAUUGAUUUUCUUAACCUGGUAGCACCUCAUUUCAUAAAAAGGAUCGCAGGCGAUCUUCCUAUUUUCUCUUAGAAUAAUGUAUUAUUUUUGUAAAUUACAACCCUUGUUCUAGUUUGUUAUCCCAAAUUUAAGUCACGAAUCCCUUAGAAUUAAAUGUUUGUAUAUUCUAACUAACGGCUUGAAGUCUUGAAGUGUUUGUUUAUUAUAAUAAGUAUUAACAAAGGCGUGUUUUGCUAAUAAAAUUUUCUCUUGAGAGUUAAAAUGUAUGCUGAAAUAAAUAAUAAGGGCAAAACAUAAUAUAGCACACGGGCCGGGCCUUGCAAUAGCGAAAUAAAAUAAGUUAAUUUCAAAAAUUGCGCACAACGCUCUCCUAUAUUUGCAGUCAAUGAAAGCUAAUUUCUAUUUGCAGUCAUUUUCAACUAUUCAAAAACAUAAUCGCUAAUCUGAUCUAUUACUGAAAUAUAUUUCUCAUACAUAUAAUUGUUAACUGGCAACUGUUGUAUCUAGUUUAUAAAUGUCUAUGAUAAAAAGGCAAUACUUAAUAAUUACUUGUAUUGUGUGUGCAUUAUAUAAAUCCAUCAAUGUUAUUUUAUAACUAUAAAUAUUUAUGAGCUGGUCUCUUUACUUCCAAGUACUCAAAAGAUAUUUGUUUACCUGCUUUUAAGGUUUUUUUGCUUUUAUACUUGAUACAUAGUACCUAUGGUAAAAGUAUUAUUUACAAGUAUUCUUAAUGUCAUUAGCUCCAUCAUUCAUCUGUGUCAAGAAUGAAGGUCCAAUGUACAUUAUGUUCGUAGGUAAAUUAAGACUAUUUGGCGAUAAUACGUACGAAUGCUGUCGCCGUUUUUAUGAAAUGUCUGAUUUUAAAAGCAUAGCAUUAGAGUAUGUCGUGCAAGGACAAAAAAUAUAAAAAAAAACGCUUAACGACAAUUAUUGUGUGUAAUAGAAACAUUACGCUUAGAAACAUUUGUGUUAUAAUAUACAUAGUAUGUAUGUAAAUUAUCUUGAAUAAUGUUUGUACUAUUAGAUCUGUGUGACGUGCGCGCGAUGUACGUGCGCACGCAACCUUUUCUAGUUCUUACGUGAACAAAGUCUAGCCGAUCUUGGCGAAAAUUACAAUAAUAACUCAAACUUUAAACCUAAUAAAAUGUGUAACUAGUUGAUAAUGUUCUCGUUGUUAAUCUUAAUUUCAAUAUAAAUUGGUGUACCUAUAUAAAAUACAAUGGGUAGCAUUAAUAUAUACCCGACAUGUACCUACAAACAGAAUGCGAAUCUUCGCUCCUUUUUUACUCACGUUUUACCUACUAUGUAAGUCAUCUGUCACAGUUAGCUAACUACCAAAGAACAAUGAUUUCCUAAUUUCAUUAUAUCGUGUCUAUGUGCAUCUGGCAUGUCACUUUUUCGAAUUACUUGUUUAGAAUUAACUGUUAAGUAUUUCGCAGUGCGGUUUCAGUGUUAUAUGUUUGUCGGUAUGGAGUAUUAACACUAAGAUUGAAUAAAAAUCUAGUUAAAUUAUAAAUACCGAGUUAAAAGUGUGCAAUGCUGGUCAUUUGCAUUACUUAUUAUUUAUGUUUAAAAUAAAAUAGCUUGUAAUAGUUUAACUGAAUAUUUGAGUUGAUUAAAAAUAUUAAUGUAUUUAGAAUAAAAAAAAAUUGAAGAAAUA